AUGCCUAAGGGUGACCCCACCGCGCCUUGCCCAAAAUCGCAAAAAGCAGACAGUUGUCCUCCGGUAAUUGGAUCUACUAUCUUUUAAUCAAGCCGCGCUUUGGGGGAGGUGGUGAUUCAGAGAUGAACCCCACCGCGCCUGUAACACGAUACAUCUAUUCAUAUUCAGGGUCACCCCAAUUAGGCUACAAGUAUGUCGUAGAAAUACAUUUGGCGCAAAGAAGCAAGCUACUGCACGCGUCUGUUCCA